AUGGUUGUGCUUGCGUCUAACCAAAGUGGAGGCGUGAAAGAAUUUAGAAUGUCAGCUAAAUUCUUGGCGGCAAUGUAUAUCGGCGGCCUAAGAUUUUUGGGGCCUAAGUCGAAGAAAAGAGGUCUUUCGCUGGAAGAGAAGCGUGAGAAAAUUCUUCAAAUAUUUUACGAUUCUCAAGACUUCUUCCUUCUUAAGGAACUUGAGAAAUUAGGACCAAAGAAAGGUGUGAUUACCCAGUCCAUGAAAGAUGUUGUCCAAAGUCUAGUGGACGAUGAUCUUGUUUCAAAAGACAAGAUAGGAACCUCUGUGUAUUUUUGGAGUCUUCCUAGCUGUGCUGGAAAUCAGCUGAGAAAUGUAACUCGCAAACUUGAAUCUGAUCUUCAUAGCAGUAAGAAGCGGUUUGCAGAACUUGCUGAGCAGUGUGAAUCGUUAAAGAAGGGGCGAGAGGCAUAUGAUGAAAGAGAGGAGGCUUUAAAUGAGUUGAAAUCCAUUCAGCAAAACCAUACUGAGCUGAAGGAAGAAAUGGAACAAAAUGCGGACAAUGAUCCAGCUGCCUUUGAAGCAAUGAGAAGUGCAAUUGAAGUUGCUCAUUUAGCAGCUAACAGAUGGACAGAAGCUCAGAUAACAGAACCUGUCUUUUUUAGAGAUGCAUUAAAUAUAUUCCCUUUAGUUGAUGGGCAGUUAUACCAUGAAAACUCUUAUGGAAGAGGCAAAAAGAAAAUUUAUGCUUGUAGCACAACAACUUACACAGGCUUUCAAGCUGUAAUGACCGAAGAAGAGUCAGAAAAGUUUUAUGGUCUACCUGGAGUUAUCUUUGUACUCUCUGAUUCUUACAUCGAUCCACAAAACAAGGAGUAUGGAGAUGGUGUUGCGCCUCAAGCUAAGAUGAACCAGCAAAGGUCACGGCGUUUCAAGACUGCUAAGGAUGCAGCUGAGGAGGAUCUUAAUAUUAAGUUGUAA